AUGGUUGAACAUAAUGAGCACAUUGCCGGUCAAGCAACUAGCAGUUUCUUGCCUUUGACAUCUACAGACGCUACACCAACCACACGCGAAGCCUUCAAAAUCGCAGAAACAAUGCCUAAUGAAGAGGGACCUGAAAUCACUCACAGUUCAGUACACUCUGGCGGUGGGGAAGAUUCUGCAGAAGAAAUGGAUACCGGUGACUUGGCGUCUCGUAGUGGCGAUUAUUCUUCGGACGAAGAGGACGACCCCAGGGUCGACCAGGGGCCCAAUGAGCCCACAUCGUUUUACACAAACUUUGGAGGAGAUCAAAUAAAUGCCUCGACCUCACCCCAGUUGGCCACUGCCUUUCAGAACGAUUGGCCUUCUGGGAGUGAUGUCGCCUCCGCUGCCCCAAAUCUCCCUGAAAUCGACCUAAUUUCCGAAUUUCACGACAACGACGAAGACGGCGAGUCGUCAUCCACAUCUGAGCUAGCUGAUGAACGAACCGUUAUUACUACCAACCCUGUAACCUCUCCACCUGCUACGUCUGUCGGUCCAAAUGAAAACCACUCCGCGAUCCCCUUAGACGCCAGCGUUGCCGUUCAUCCAGUCGAAUCCCUCCCGAAUGACUUCUACGACCCCGAGGCCUCCAGUCUGGGUGACCACGCCAUUGAAGAUCCACUAUUCGCUGGCAUACGGUAUACGAGAGAUGAUGGUAGUUUGAUUAAUGCUUCAGACCUCCACAACUUCACUUACGAUCAACUUCUGCCCACCAUGUUCCUUGGCGCGCCUGAUACUAAUUACCGCCGUGACGAUCCCUACGACGCUCUCGACGCCGAAAGGUUUUACGUAUCAGACGAUGAGUUCUGUGUAGAGGGCCCUGACGCCUCAAAGGCCGCUGAACUUAGAACACCUGGUCAGACGGGUGCCGAGGUAAGUGAUGAGCCCUUGCCCAACGGCCACGCAGCUAGGCAGCCCGACACUCCGCCUCCACCCACCACGACCUUCAGUACGGACCAUCCGCCCCCAUUCGAUCCAAACUACCCUCAAGUUAACGAUAGUAACGAGACCGAUGGGGAGGCCAAUGAUCAUGCAGGUGGUGGUGGGCCGGUGAUGCAUACCGAAAGUAUGAAACCUCCUUUCCUAACUACUUCUUCUGCCGCCUCUGUUAGCACCGUUACGCAAAGCCAGAAGACAGCCAAGGGAUUCUACCCCCCGGAUGAUCGCUUAUCGUACCUACCCAACAUGCAAGGUGCCUUGUUCCAUCCCCGGAAACUAGCUUCUAGUUUCGCAACUCAGUUUUCCAUCCUUAUCGAGACAAGAAUCUACGCAAUUCUUGUCCGUGCGCGCCGCCUAGGCUCUGAUUUCGUGCCGGGAGUUUUGCAUGCUGACAUUUUUGUCAAUCAACCAAUCAUUUCGUUUUUGUCUGGCCCUCGGGCUUUACACGGGUUUCCGGUUACUUCUUCUCAGUGCAGAGAGUUCUUUCAAGAUGCCAUUUCGUGGCAUCAUUCUGCUUGCGCCGAGUCUGCAAGAGGAGAUUUUGCUUUGCUUGCAGAUACCCAGACAUCGCAGCCACGUUUAUCUGAGUCGCCUUGCUCCCCGCAAAGCGAGCUAAGAAUCAGGACUCGAACAUUUUCCUCUUCGGCCAGGAACCCACGCCCUCUUCUUUCGGACGACGAAUAUUAUCAUAUCCAUGCGGCCUCCAUGCCUUCGCCUUACUUUAUUCACCCCAUGUUGAUUUUGCGAAUCUUUAAUGACCAUACUCACGUUGCCAGCUCAUUACUUGCCACGCCCCUUGCACCCCCAGACGGUGAUUUCUAUGGUGAUGCUAAUGGAAUUCAAUAUCCAGCAUUUGAGAGAAACCUGUCAAUUGAUCAGUUCAUCAGACAGUGGUUCUUACGGUCUCGUACGCACGACCCCCGCAUCUGUGGAGCUAAACGCCCGAUUACCAUUCCUAUUUCGUCCGAGGCUGCACACGUCCUUGAUUGGGAACGACCUUCCAAGAUUUCGCGACCAGAGCCCUCGAAGAUCUACGACAUUCAAGGCAUUCCUUGGUCCACCAGACUAAAGGUGAAGCGAUCCGAUGCCCGCCGCCAGAGGGAUCAGAUGUAUUCUUGCUAUCAUAACCUAAAAUAUGUCCCUCGAACUUAUUCCAAUGUCUUACCCCAGAGCGAGGACUACUUUAGGCCGAAGACGAUGUAUACGAAAUAUCGAGCUUCAAUGGCCCAUUUUCAGCUGCGAAACCUUAUGUCGGUAACAGCAUCAAACACUUUGCAAUACGCAUAUCAGUCUAAAGUCUACUCGGUCACGCCCUUUCACAAUGAACAAAAUUGUCUGAUCAACCUCUCUAACCCAACGACUUCCCGAAAUUUCCUUGAUUCAGUCAAGAUUUCAACCAUGAAAGCAAAAUAUGGCGUCACUCUCGUUGGUGGGUUCUCUGGCGAGUAUGCUUACCGUGGACAAAUCAGUGAUUCGAUUACGAUGGACGGCCGUGUUACUAAAGACCCCAAUGGCAUCACUAACCACAUUGAUGUAAUCCAGAAUCGCACUAAUCAUAGCCCUCAGGCUGUUAUUUCAUCCAACGACGACCGCAUUCGGAUCCUGGACUGCGCUACAAAUAAAUUUAUCAACACACACAGGUUUGCACGCGCCAUUAACUGCACCGACACAUCCCCUGAUGGCCGCCUUCGUGUCAUUGUUGGCGAUGCACCAGAUGCCUGGGUCGUCGAUAGUGACAACGGCAAGCCUAUUCAAGUCCUAUCUAGCCACCGUGACUACGGAUUUGCCUGUGCAUGGUCGCCCGACAUGUUACAUGUCGCGACCAGCAAUCAAGACAAAACCGUCAACAUCUGGGAUGCACGUAUGUGGCGUAUUCUCCAGAUCAUCGAAUCCGAUGUCGCAGGCUAUCGCUCCCUGCGCUUCUCUCCCGUCGGCGGCGGCCCACGCACCCUGCUCAUGUGCGAGCCCGCCGAUCGCAUCGUGCUCGUCAACGCCCAAUCCUACCAGACGCGCCAAGUGCACGACUUCUUCGGCGAGAUCGGCGGCGCGGACUUCUCGCCCGACGGUAGCCGAAUCUGGGUUGCGAACAUGGAUGCCAAGUUCGGCGGCUUCAUGGAGUUCGAUCGCCGCGAGUGGGGACAGCAGUUUGGCAUCGGCCACACCAAGCGCAAGCGGAUCGAGAAUGCCGGCGAUUUCUACUACCCCGACUUGCCCAACGAGUGGCUGCCCGAGGACCGGCUCGAUGGCGACCCGCGGUGCGUGCUUGGCUCGAGGGAGAGGAAGCUGCGGUUCCAGAAACUCUUCACGGACACACAGUUCGAGAUGCUAGACCCUUAUUUAGGAUAA